GGACUGUCAGAAAAUUACAGCAACAUGAGUUUGAAAAUGGCUGGAGGGAUGAAGAAGUUCUACGAUUUCUCUGCUAAGAUCCUGAACACCGGAGAAACGCUGAAUUUCUCCAAGUUCAAAGGCAAAGUGGUGCUGAUAGAGAACGUGGCGUCGCUCUGAGGCACAACCACCAGGGAUUACACCCAGAUGAACGAGCUCCAGGAGCGCUACGGCGACCAGGGACUUGUUGUGCUCGGGGUGCCCUGUAACCAGUUCGGAUACCAGGAGAAUUGUAACGGUGAAGAGAUUCUCCACUGUCUAAAGUAUGUCCGUCCGGGGAAUGGGUUUGUGCCCAAUUUCACCCUGCUUCAGAAAGUUGAUGUGAACGGGAAGGACGCAGACCCCAUGUUCAAUUUCCUGAAGGAGAACCUGCCCCACCCCAGCGAUGACCCUAUGUCCCUGAUGACAGACCCCAAGUUUAUUGUGUGGAGCCCUGUCUGCAGGAAUGACAUAUCCUGGAAUUUCGAGAAGUUCCUCAUUGGCCCUGACGGGGUGCCCUUCAAGCGCUACAGCAGAAGGUUCCUCACCAUUGAUAUCGAAGGUGAUAUCAAGAACUUGCUGAAGCUAGUGAAAUAGACCGCCUGUAUGUGACACAGAGACAUAAGCAUGUCUGGAGCAUGUCUAUAGCUGUUGUAAACAUUAAUGCUAGAAAUUAACACUCAUUUAUCUAUUCCAGACUCCCAUGCUGUUUUGUGGGUUGAGAGGAUUUGCUGAAAUUAGUAGGUUAUUUUCUGUUUAUCACAACUGCAUAUACCAAGACCAAAUGUAUUACAAUAGUCUGAGUUUGUUUCUUAGACACUCAUGACUCUGUGAGGAGGCAUAUGAAGCUUGUAGAAGUCUGUGUUAAAUCUGCAGUGCUUUAAAAAAAAAAAACUGUCUGUGCUUUCUUGUGCUGGGUGCUGCUGUAUUUAGACAUUUACUGUAUGAAGGUACCCUUCAAAACAUAUUGGGAGAAGUGUGUCUGAUGUAAAUGUAAAAGUCUGAAAUUUGCAUUAGUACUUGGCCCCUGUAAAGCAUGGUUCAGUCUGAAGUUUUAUAAUGUCAAAAAAUAAAGUAUUCUUACUUGA